AUGGUCGCCAGCCCCGAGACCAUCGAGGCCAUGACGCCUCCCGGGUACUCCUUCCCCGACCACCGCCUCCGCCUCACCCAGUCCGAACCCGACCGCGAGCCCCUCGUCCUCGUCGCCCCCGGCUCUUACUCCCCCAUCACCUUCCUCCACCUGCGCAUGGCCGUCAUGGCCGCCGACUACGUCCGCUACAACACAAACUACGAGCUCGUCGGCUCCUACCUCUCCCCUGUCUCCGACGCCUACAAGAAGCGCGGCCUCGCCCCCGCCUGCCACCGCCGCCGCAUGUGCGAAAUCGCGGCCGAACAGACGUCUAAGUUCCUGAUGGUCGACCCCUGGGAGGCCGAGCAGACGGCUUACGUGCCCACUGCCGUCGUCCUCGACCACUUUGAGCACGAGAUCAACGUCAAGCGCGGCGGCUGCAACGGCAAGCGCGUGCGCAUCGCCGUCCUCGCCGGUGCCGACCUGAUCAACACCAUGAGCCAGCCCGGCGUGUGGUCGCCCUCCGACCUGCGUCACAUUCUGGGCGAUUUCGGCGCAUUCGUCCUUGAGCGCGCGGGCGUCAACAUUGACGAGGCGCUGACCAAUUUGAAGGAGUGGGAGGACCAGAUCUACUACAUUCCCCAAGUCGUCCCCAACGACGUGUCGAGUACUAAGAUCCGUCUGUUGUUGAGGAGGAAUAUGAGCAUCGACUACCUCAUCCCCUCCCAAGUUAUCGAGUACAUUGAGGAACACGGUCUCUACACAGAAGACGACGCGACAACAAAUGAGACCGGCAAGGGCAAGGAGGUAGCCCAAUGA